UGCGCCGACGCCCCCGGCCCCGUCAGUGUCCGUCCCCCCCCUCCCCGCCGCCGGUGAGCGCCGGCCCCGCGGGGCGCUGGGCUCCGGCGGGCGCCAUGAGCCGCGGCUGAGGGCUGCGCGCUGCCGGCCGCGGAGGGCCCGAAGGCAGUGAGGAUCUUUAUAUCCGCAAGAUAACUGCGUGUUACCAUUCUACAUCUGUUUACUGACAGAGCGACUGCAUGCCAGGAUGGCAACUUCAAACCUGGAGAACCAGCUACACAGUGCCCAGAAGAAUCUACUCUUUCUGCAGCGAGAGCAUGCCAACACACUGAAAGGCCUGCACGCUGAGAUUCGACGCCUGCAGCAGCACUGCACAGAUUUAACCUAUGAGCUGACUGUAAAGACUUCAGACUUGUCAGAAAAUGGUAGUUCAAGAAGUGAUGAACUCAAAAGAAAGUGUGAAGAUCUUGAAGCUCAACUGAAAAGCAAAGAGGCUGAAAACAAUGAAUUAUUGAAAGAACUGGAGCAAAAGAAUGCAAUGAUAAUGGUGCUGGAAAACACUAUUAAAGAAAGAGAAAAGAAGUAUUUGGAAGAGUUAAAAAUGAAAAGCCAUAAGCUCAAUAUGCUGUCAAGUGAACUGGAGCAGAGAGCAAGCACUAUUGCUUAUUUAACUUCUCAACUGCACGCUACUAAGAAGAAGCUGCUGAGUUCCAGUGGGACUUCAGAGGGGACCCCUUCUGGCAGUCCAGUGUUGUCCAACUAUAAGCCAGCCCCUCCCAAAGAUAAACUGCCUGAGACUCCACGACGCAGAAUGAAGAAGAGCCUGUCAACACCACUCAACCCUGAGUUUGAAGAGGCCUACAGAAUAGGAUCAGAUAGCCGGAAGCUGCUGUUAAGAGAGCCUGUGGAUGCCAUGCCUGAUCCCACUCCGUUUUUGUUGGCCAGAGAAACGGCAGAGGUCCACGUUAUCAAGGAGAGGCCGUUGGUUAUUCCACCAAUUGCUUCAGAUCGAGCAUCCGGUGAAUCACACAGUCCGGCCAGAGAGAAGCCACACAAGGCGCACAUUGGGGUGGCACAUCGCAUCCACCACGUCGCACCGUCCCAGCCUCAGCCGGAGGUUGAAACGCUGGCAGUGGAUCAGGUCAACGGAAGCAAAGUGGUCAGAAAGCACUCAGGGACAGACAGAACUGUUUAAGUAAAAUCAUUUGCUCUAUUCUGUUGCUGUUUAUGCACUGUGAUCCUAUAGGAUAAAUAGCACCUGCAGUAAAGUUUCUUUUGAUGCCCCAUGCAUGCCAAACUUCUUCCAGAUACAUCAUUAAUAGAUUAUUCUCCUCUAAUGAACCCUAAUAGGACUGUGUUCAUAUGGCAAGGCAUAUAACUACUAAAUGCUGUGGCCAAAUCAGGGGUACCUGACUGCUUGCUUCUGAGCACUGCUCCAUUUAUGGUAACUACACAUGUGGACAAAGGCACAGGCUGCAGGCUGUGUUACUAAUGUUAAUGAAAACAAACUUAGCUCUAAACCUGCAGCAUAGGUAUUGGCUGUUAGCAUUUAAAAUAGCAACAGGUCUUUUGUCUCCACUGUGUAUGUAGCAAUUCGUACACAAACAUUAACUUCCAUGACAAAGCCUUUUCUCAUGGUAGCAUUGAAAAUAAUGCAGCUGCAGCUAUACUUUAAAAGGCACUAGGAACUUUUUACCUUCAUAGGCUUUUGGUUGCAAAUUGUGUUCAUAGUUUCUCUGUCUCAAAAAUCUUGAGAGUCCCAGCAAGUAUUACUUACUAGUCCUAAAUACUUUGGUUUGUGGCUUUAAGUAAAAAUAUAUAUAUAUAUAUGGGGAAGGAGAGGCUAAAGCACUCUUUUCAAUGGUUAAUGAUUCUCACAGAAAGAGUAUGAACACUUUAUUUUUUAUUUUUUUUUAAAUUGAAUGGCUUCAUUGCACGUUUUACACUAGUCAGUACACUGCACUUGUGGCACCUUCCAUACUGGCUCAGAGCUCCUUUUUCAGGGAGCAAAUGUAACCGACUAUCCAAUAUGGGAAUGGUUCCUUAUGCUCUAACCUGCACUUUUUCUUUAUAAAGGGAUUCUUUUUGUUUCCUGAAAACCGUAGACUUGUUGGGUAUUAUCAGACAGCACAGGCUUCUAACAGCUUAGAAGCCCGUGCUGUCCCUUUAAAAUGUGUGCAUUUAGUUUGAAAUGUAACUGACUUAACCAAUUCAUACAAGAGGAGAACCUGGCAUCCGUGAGUUUUUAUCUCAGCCGAUUGGAACACGCUUGCCUUGGACUUGUCCUGGUUCCCCUACUCCUGCCUAGUUAGCAACAGGUAGCCCCAACAUCUCUUGUUAGAAAACUUAAUUUUUAUGUUUGUUCUUUUUUUCUAGGAAAGAAAGGCAUACUGAGAGCAGUGUGAGUAUGUAAUUUUUGGGAAGGGAGCACAAAUCUUACAGUUUUUUCUUAAAUUCUGAUCAGCACCUCCAGCUCACCUCUGCUUCACUCUUGUCUGCAGCCUCUGAGUAGGAUGAGCAAGAAAAAAUGGCUCCCAAAUGCUGCUAAGCUUAUGAUGUGCCUUCAAAAACUUGGAACAUGUAACCUUUGUGAAAUCUGGUGAAGGAUUCCUGCCUGCCCUCUUUCCUUCCUCCUGCCAGCUGUAGUCUUAACCCCUUAAGCUUUUUCUGCAGCUGUGUGUUGGUGUGUGUUUCCCUCGGGAGCCUUGGAUAACUAUUUGUCAGCUUCCCUAAAAAAAAAGGCACUGGCAGGAUGAAGACAGCUGUUCUUCCUAAUUGUGGUAACUUUCCUGUGUAGCAUGGUAACUUACAGCAGGGUUGUUGCCAGUCAGAGAGGAUUUGAAUGUCCACUAGCCCUAAGGCCUCCCGUGUCCUCUGCCUGUGCACCUUCACAAUUCAGUCACUUGCUAGUUUAAAGCCCAAGAAACACUGGUCAGUGUUGUGCCUUGUCAGUUGUGUGGUAGGAUUUGUUUCAUGAAUUGUGGGGAGGGACAGGGAGAAGGCUGUGUUCCUGAAAAAUGAUUGGUUAAAGACAGCUUGUUAUUCCGGGGUUUACCACGUCUAAGUGUAUUGCAUUACCCAGCAGUGGUUUCGGUUUUGGGGUUUUUUGGUUGUUGUUGCCAUAUUAUGAUGGCUAUCUAUUGUAUGAGUGAACUACCCUGCCACUUGUUCAAGGCUGAUGGAAGGCAUCGCUUCUAAACACAGCAGAAGCGAUGCUUUGGGCAAUUAAAAAUGUUUCUUACAACCAUA